GGUUUUCUUGAACAAUCUGAUUUAACAAUGGUCAUGCAAAUGCAGCAAUAAAUAACCCAACCCAUGAGACGACUCAUUUUGAAAACUUCUCUAUUGGCGAUUCCCAGACUCACCCCGAGUUCUUCUUUCUCACUCACUCAAACCCUUCUUCUUUUUCCUCUUCACUCUCACCGUCCCGCCAAAACCCUACUACGUACCAAAACGCCAUCGUUUCGAAGUUGUACAUGCGCGCCAAUGUCAACAACAACGCAAACUGUUCGCGACACAAUCGAACUCACCACCAUCGAGAAAAGCAUCUUCGAUAGACUUCUCGCCACUCUGCGCCAUUUCCAACUCCAAACUCAGCUCCGUGUCGCCGGCGGCUGGGUUCGCGACAAGCUUUUGGGAAAAGAUUGCUAUGACAUUGAUAUUGCACUUGAUAAUAUGAUGGGUACUGAGUUUGUGGAUAAGGUUAGAGAGUAUUUGUUGUCUAUUGGAGAAGAUGCGCAAGGUGUUUGUGUUAUUGAGAGCAACCCUGACCAAUCCAAACAUUUGGAAACAGCCAGGAUGCGCUUGUUUGACAUGUGGAUUGAUUUUGUCAACCUACGGAGCGAAGAAUAUGCCGAGAAUAGUCGCAUUCCUUCUAAGCAAACAUUUGGCACAGCUGAAGAGGAUGCAUAUAGGAGGGAUUUAACAAUUAACAGCUUAUUCUAUAAUAUCAACACUGAUGCAGUUGAAGAUUUUACCAAAAGAGGAAUCUCAGACCUUAAGUCUGGAAAGAUAGUGACUCCUUUACCUCCAAAGACCACCUUUAUUGAUGACCCAUUGCGAGUUCUUCGAGCCAUUCGGUUUGGUGCUAGAUUUGAUUUUACUCUAGAUGAAGAUCUGAAAGUGGCUGCUGCAUGUGAUGAUGUGAAAAAUGCUCUAGCUGCUAAAAUUAGCAGAGAGCGCAUUGGAACAGAGAUUGAUCUAAUGAUAUCUGGAAAUCAACCUGUCAAAGCAAUUACUUAUAUUUGUGAGCUAACACUAUUCUGGACUGUCUUCACUCUUCCUGCUGAGUACGAACCUGUCAUUUCAGAUGGAUGUGACAGGCUUUGCAUUUCUUACUUGGAUAAUGCAUCAAACCUUAUCCAUUUACUUGGAGAGUCAACCUUUACAGCUGAACAAAGAAGGCUCGCACUUUAUGCUGCUUUGUUUCUACCACUUAGAAAUACCACUUAUAGUGAAAAGAAGGCUAAGAAGAUUCCUGUUGCCAAUCGUAUCAUUCGUGAGUCCAUCAAGAGAAAAGCUAAGGAUGCAGAAGUGGUGCUUGACUUACACCGAUCGUCGUAUAAAUUAUUAUCAUUGAUUCCUCAUCUCGCAUCUGGUGAGGAUAUCCAAGCUGUCGAUCUUGGUUGGAUGAGAGACUUGAUUGAUGUCCCUGUUUCUUCUAGAGCCCGGGUAAUAACAGGGUUUCUCUUAAGAGAGCUUAAAGAUUUUUGGCGAGUUGCACUGUUGAUAUCCAUUAUAUUACAUCCAAUUGACAUUAGUGACUCUGCUGAGGAUGAGAACUCAAAGUUGGAAAAACAAAGAGAUCAGUUUAAUGCUGUGGAGAAUUCUAUAACCAAAUUAGGCCUUGAGAAAGUAUGGGAAGUAAAACCAUUGAUCAAUGGAAAAGAUAUUAUGACUGUUCUACAGCUUAAAGGAGGACCGCUUGUUAAAGAGUGGCUGGAUAAAACAAUGGCUUGGCAACUUGCCUAUCCAUCUGGAACUGCCGAGGAAUGCCUUGAAUGGUUGAGAGAAGCCAAUUCUAAGCGAGUAAAGUUGGAGUGAGGUUUACUGCAAGGUUGUUAGAAUGAAGAUUUUACGUCUAACUCGUUUUGUUUAGGUGAAAUCGAAAUGUAAACUCGACUCGUAAAUUUGUAGAGUUUACCUCAUUUACAUGUAGGUGGCUUUUAGUGUGAGAGUUCAAUUAAGUCCAUUACCGGUGAACCACUCAUCUUAACCAUUAGAUUAAACAAGUACAUGUUUCAUUGUUACCACACUUGAUUCACUUUCUCCUCCACUGCCGCAUGCAUAACAUCGAUGAAUGCUUCAACUAUUCAAUUGAAACAACCUUCAAAACAAAACUCGACUUUGUUUUAAAAAUUCAUUAAAUGGGGUG